AUGUCCAUCUCUCAUCAAAGCACUACCUCCCUACAAGUCCAAGCCCGCAACAGUAAUAACUUCCCUGAAACCGAAUCAACCCUCCCACAUCUUCCCCGCACACCCACAAGCUCUUUCCUAGAAAACCUCCUCUCAUAUCUCGGUCCAUAUAAUCCAUUCCCAACAGCGAUAUCUAAAGAUGAUACAGUUUGGUUAUUGGACAACACGGCUUACAAAAAUCAAUUGACGGGAGAAUGGGAAGCGGAGUUUGUGGCGGCAGUUUGGGAGACUGAGAGUGGUAAACAUGUCCCGGAAAUUAUAGGCGAUAUAGUUGGGAGAAUUGGUGCAGAUGGUGAUAGAGGAGAAGACGAAAUUGUAGAGGAGAGAUUGAGACCAUUUUUGAUGGAUGUUAAACCUGGGAGGGUUGUUGAUGUCGAGUUUUCAGAGCACCAAGAGAAUACAGAAUUAAGAUUGGGACCGGGUGGAAGAAACGGUAUUAGCAGCGAUAUUCGAAAAUUGAAAGAUGGUACAGAUGGUGAGAUCGCAACGUGGAAGGCGGAAGUGCCGACAGGAGCAGAGGGAAUAUUGGAGAUGAAAACAGUUUUUGCAGAACCGGAAGGAUGGGGAGUCAUUUCUGAUAUUGAUGAUUCGAUAAAAAUAACUCAAACCAGCUCUCCCAUUGGCAUUCUGCGCUCGACUUUUCUAUCUAAACCCCUACCCAUUGAGGGAAUGCCAGAGUUUUACAAACAUAUCCAAUCUUUGAUCACCCCUAAACAUGCUUCAGUAGCUCCUUGGUUCUACCUAUCUGCCUCACCCUAUACUCUCUACUCAUUUCUCAGCGAAUUCCGUCAGGAAUACUAUCCUCAAGGAACCAUGAUAUUAAGGGAUGCGAACUUCUUGAGCUUAGGGGGGUUGCUAGAGACAUUGACAGAAGGCACACAAGAAUAUAAAGUUGAUAGAAUGGAGAAGAUCCAUAGAUGGCUGCCAAAGAGGAAGAUGAUUUGCGUGGGGGAUAGUACACAGAGUGACCCGGAGGCCUAUGGAGAGAUGAACCCAACCUGGAUCAAGCUAAUCCUCAUCCGCAAAGUAACAGACAUUGCUGCAAUCGGCAUUUCCCAGAAGAACGAGCCUGAGAGAUUCGAGAAGGCUUUUACCGGUGUCCCAGAGAGCGUAUGGAGAGUAUUCGAGAGCCCAGAAGAGUGUUAUGAAGUAGUAGAUGAGUUGGUGAAGGAGGCGGCAGCACAAUGA